UUCAAUACAGUGAUCUGCAAUGUCGGUAAUGUCGAAGUGUAAACACGCCUGUUUAUGUUAUUAGAAAAUAAUACUCAAAACUUAUUUAAGACCGUCCAAAAAUAAUCUCGAAAUGAGAACACUAAUACAAUUUGUGUGCCUUACUACUGCCUUAGUUUUAUUUCUGUUUAUUCAAGAAGGUUGGGCAAUAAAGUGCUGGGACUGCCGUUCAGACGCCGACCCCAAAUGUGCAGACCCCUUCGAUAACACGACUUUUGCAAUCACUGAUUGCAAACAACAAACUUUAGAUUUUAUGCCUGGAGUUAAAGCAACAAUGUGUAGAAAAAUACGACAGAAAUUUCAUGGGGUUUGGAAGUAUAUAAGAAGUUGUGCCUAUCUUGGGGAACCGGGAAUUCAAGGGGAUGAACGUUUCUGUUUACUCAGAACAGGGACUUAUAAUAUUUUCAUGGAAUAUUGCACUUGCAACACCAAAGAUGGAUGCAAUUCGGGGUCAAAGUUGAAAGUCUCGCCUCUUUUCUACUCUCUCCCGUUAUUUUUUUAUCUCAUUUUAUAAUAGUUUAAUCCAAGAUCUGAUGUAAAUAUUACUUUUGUCCGUCCGUUUUUCAUUUUGUAACUGUUUUUUAAUAAAAAAUAUGAAAAUCGUUA